AUGGGGUAUUUUUUUUCAGAUCUAGCUAUUCCUGAUACAAUGUGUUCUCCAGAUGGUCAAGGAUAUGAAUGCCCGCCAACAAUGGAAUGUAUGAAACUUUCUCUACGUGCAAACCAAAUUGGUUUUUAUGGAAUGUUUAAUGAUUUUGCAUCUAGUUUAUUUACUGUUUUAUUUAGCAGCCUCUCAAGAGGCUGGGUUUUGUUUUAUAUGAUACUCUUGAUUACUUUUCCUUAUUAUUUUGGUCUCUUUUAUUUUAUUACUUUAAUAUUCUUUUUGGCUUGGCUAAAUGUUUUUAUUGCUGUUAUAACAGAAACUUUUGCUGAAAUUAGAGUUCAAUUUAGUGAAAUGUGGCAAAGUAGAGAAGUACCUCCCAAUAAUAGAAAUCUAGAUAAUAUUAAUCAAAAUAAAUUAGAAAAAGAUGAAGAAGGAGAUUGGCAUAUUAAAGAAGUUGAUUCUAAAUUAUUAAAUUUUGGGGUAACAGAGAGGGGAACAUUUAGACGUCUAUUACUUGCAUUUAUAUGUUCAACAACCUUUCAAACUUUUAUACUUUUCCUUGUUGUAAUAAAUGCUUUAAUUAAUUCAUCUUUUUCAAUUUUUACUUUAAUUUUUUGUAUUGAAUGUUUAAUUAAAAUAUUUGGACUUGGAUGGAAUGUUUUUUGGCGUAGAGGACAACAUAAAUUUGAGUUAUUACUUUGUUGUGGAAGCAUUUUAAAUAUAAUUCCAAAACUUUAUAAAACAAAUUAUUUUACUUAUUUUCAAGUUUUUCGUCUUUUACGAUUAGUUAAAUUAUCCCCAAUGCUUGAAGAUUUUGUUUAUAAGAUUUUCGGUCCGGGUAAAAAACUUGGAGGGCUUAUUUUAUUUACUUUAACAUUGGUAAUGAUUACCUCAGCAAUUUCUUUACAAUUGUUCUGUUAUGUGUCAGGAUUAGAUAAAUUUAGAACUUUUCCUCAAGCUUUUAUGUCAAUGUUUCAGAUAAUUACACAGGCAAUAACAAAAAAAAAUAAUAAAUGUUUAUAA